GCACAGUCUGCCGCUCUCCGCGCUCCUCGCCGCGCAGCUCUUCUAAAUCCUCCUCCCGCGGACCAAACACUGCUACAUUCCUGAGGACGACUUUUCAACCACCCGCUCGUGAACUUAUCAUUCCUUGCACAUCUGAAGAAAACACUCGGAGAAACACCUGGACGCUGUUACUUCCUGGGUUUUUUCAUAACUGUUUUGUUUUGUUUUGUUUUGUUGCACUUGAACGACUUCUUUACAUUCCAGAGACUUCGGCCCCACCGGACGGACGUUUCAGUAUUUUACUUCCAAAAUCGACGAUCAGGCUCAUUAAUUUUUUCUUUUUACCGCUCUUAUUGUUACUUUUAAUCCGAAUAGACCAAACGGGGACACACAGCCUAGUUUUCUGAUUUUUCGUGCACAGAUUUAGUCUUAACUGUGUGGGUUGUUUUAUUCCCCCCUCCUCCACGUGUAGUCUUUAAAUUAAGUCACCAAACAGUGAAUAAUGGCAGGUGUGAACUCUCUGGAUGCCGUGAAGAGGAAGAUUCAGUGUUUGCAGCAGCAGGCCGACGACGCAGAGGACCGGGCUCAGGUCCUACAGAGACAGCUGGACAGUGAACGGGAGCUCCGAGAGAAAGCGGAGGGUGAUGUAGCAGCUCUGAACCGUAGGAUCCAGCUGGUGGAGGAGGAGUUGGACCGAGCCCAGGAGAGGCUGGCCACGGCACUGCAGAAACUGGAGGAGGCUGAGAAGGCCGCAGAUGAGAGCGAGAGAGGGAUGAAGGUGAUCGAGAACCGAGCGAUGAAGGAUGAGGAGAAGAUGGAGAUUCAGGAGAUGCAGCUGAAGGAGGCCAAACACAUUGCAGAGGAGGCUGACCGUAAAUACGAGGAGGUGGCCCGUAAGCUGGUGAUCCUGGAGGGAGAGCUGGAGAGAGCUGAGGAGAGGGCCGAGCUCUCAGAAUGUAAAGCCAGUGACCUGGAGGAGGAGCUGAAAAAUGUGACCAACAACCUGAAGUCCUUAGAAGCCCAGUCUGAGAAGUACUCAGAAAAAGAAGACAAGUACGAGGAGGAGAUCAAAGUUCUGACCGACAAACUGAAGGAGGCUGAAACCCGCGCAGAGUUUGCAGAGAGGACAGUGGCUAAACUGGAAAAGUCCAUCGAUGACCUGGAAGAAAAAUUAUCACAUGCCAAAGAAGAGAACCUGGGCAUGCAUCAAGUCCUGGACCAGACCCUGCUGGAACUGAACAGCUUAUAAACACACCGAGAGGAAACUGGAGAGGAUGAGAUUGUCAUGCAACAUUCCUUCAAUGUCCACAUUCCACAUUUUCAGCUGUAAAAUCUGUAUUGCCCUUGUGAAGGGGGAUUAACUUAAUGCUUGUCCCUUGAUGUUUUGUUUUUAUUUUUUUGUUGUUUUUUUUCUAAGGCACAACUUUGUUUUAUGUUCAAUUUUUUUCCUUUUUUUUUUAAGAUGGAAAGUCAUUUUCACCCAUUGCUUCUUUUUCUUUAAUCUCCAGCUGUGAUUACAUAAAAUCUCCCCACAAAUGAUUUUUUGACCACUUACUUAGAAAAGAACUGGCAUUCAAUACCCAAAGAAACCUCAGAUUUGGUCACUGAACCACUUAAACUGGCUCAAUUUUAACAUUUUUUGUGCACAUACAUGGAUAUUUUAGUUCAUAUGCUACAGAUGGUGUUGGGUUUCGCUCUGGCUACAAUGAUGUGGCUCUGAAGUGCCACCCAGUGGUGAUGUUACGUUUAGUCAACGGUUUUGUUUUUCAGUUCAUGCUUUACCGCAUUAAAGGUGCAAUAUGUGAAAUCUAUGUACAAAUUUGUGUUAAAAAAAUUGACAAAUUGAAGGUGAUGAAAUAUCAGUUAUGAUGUUAUGUCUAAGGUGGAGGCUGCUGACCCAGGUUUUUCGUUUUCCAGCAGUGGAACACCAAGACCGCCCCAUUGCGGUAACUCAAGUCAGCUUAGGGCCACUAGCUGCAGGGCUAACUGAGCUAACUGCAGCUAGUACAGCCAUAGAUGGCUAGAGAACAGAGUGAGCAGUGGACUGUUUCACUGCUGCAUCCUCUUUGUUUGAAAGGCCAAUUCUUACAUAUUGCACCUUUAGCAAGAGGCUAUAAGAUAACAGACAUGACGCGUGCCUGUCUUAGCAGUAUCCUCUCUCUUUAGUAGCAGUAUUUCUUCUGUCCUGUCCUGUUUGUGUUUUAACAGCUUGAUGGGCAGGUGACUUUAUGGAAAGGUUUUCAUUGAUUAGACAGUUCAAGGCACAUCCUGCUCAGUUACUCUUAAGACUCUUUACAUUUAAAUAAAAAGAUUUUGAAAAAAAAAAGGUAAUGCCUCUUCUGCCAAUCCUCAAUCAUCCUGAGGCUGACGGUUUUAAGAUGUACGUGCAUUGAAGUUUUUCUACUCUUUUUGAUGUGGGAGUCUCUGCGUGUACGGCAUCUAGCAUUUGCGUGAACAUCCAAGCUGCAGCACCUUCCUUUUAAGUGCGACCUGACCGUUGACGCAUUCUCCAUCGUUGCCAACAUUAUGCCAUUUUGUAGCCGAUAUUAACUAGAUUUACACUAUAUUGUAUUACAUGAGCGAGCUAAAGCCUAAACCACUGGAAGCUCAGUCAAGUUUUAUCAACCAUGGAUACUUAUUGUAUAUAGUAGGAUAAUGUUAGGUAUGUGAGAAAUUGUAUUGCUUUGAUUUUUUUUUCUCUUUUCUUUUUUAAUUUACACCACUUAUUUUUGCCAGGGGAACUCUCAAGACCAAAGAACACACAUAACACAGACGAUAAAUUCUUAAAUUGUUUUAUUUUUGUUUAUGGCGGUCGUCGUGGGUUCAUCUCAUGCCAGGGCCAUGGAAAUCGCCUCACACGUGAUCCAGACCAUUCUGAAAUAUUUUAUUCACCACCACCCGCCCCCCUCUAUGUCAACCUAAUAAAUGUUUUACAGAAA